CAACCCUUGGUGAAAUUUUCACAAACCAACAAUUUUCCUUCGCAGAGCAAAUCGUCACCCCCGGAGGCAACAAAAAUGACCGAGGAUCUCAAAUUGAUAGUGUUGGAAGUGAACAAACUCCUCGAGACAGAUUACAAUCUGAUCACGUUUGAUUCGUUGUCACCCGAUUCGUUACUGCAGGUGUUGGUAGACGUUCUCCAUGCGUUCGGUGCCAUCGAUAAGCUGGAUGUUCGUGAGAAUGAUCCGGAAGAAACGAACGUGCAGGUAAUGGAUGCGCUGCGGAGAAUUCAGUAUCGCCCCCCGGGAGAUGUGGACGAUCCCGGCGCGUUCCGGCGAGGGCUAGUGCGGGCUGAGAAGAAACUCAUCCACCCGAUAGUGAGGUGGGCGUUGGAGAAUCGAGAGCGGGUUAAGAAGUCGUCCUAUUUAGCGAGAUUUCUAAUCCCCUUGGACCUGCCUCCGGAGGCUAUGUCUAUGCCUGAGUUGAGCAACCUCUGGGGACAAUAUUUGCAGACGAUGGAUGACUUCAAGGAUGCGCAUCGAGCAUACGAGCAGUCCGUGCACGAGGGUGCUCAAACCAGGGAGCUACGCAGUGACAUUGGAGCUAUUGAAGCGGAGAUCGAGAAUGUUAAGAAACGCAUCGAAAGAACCCAGGCCCGGCUGGAUAAGGUACCGCAGCAAGAACUACUGCUGGAGGCUGCCAACAGUUUGAGGAUCGAGAAAGAACGCCAGAAGGAACUGCUCACUCAAAUAGAGGAACAAAAGCAGGGCCUACAUCGUGCAAGCAUGAUCCACGAUAGGCUGCAGAAGGAUCUUCAUAACGCUAAAAUGUCUGUUCAAGGUGCAACUCCCCAGAAUCUGAUGGAUAGUAUCAUUGAGGAAACCCAAGUGUUGGAGUUUAUGGUCCAACAGAAGCUACCACAUGAGCUUCUCCAGCGUCGUUCAGAAGUACAGAUUCUACAGGAAGUAAUUGAUGAACCCAACAUCACGCGAAGCGAUCUCCAUGAAUUGCAAAAUAAAAUCGAAGAGCUAAAUCGCGAGAUUCAGAAACACGUUGAAGUCCGCAUGGCAGAUUACAACACCCACAAUGAUACUCUCGGGCCGUUUCGCCAACAGGCGGCGAUGGUCGCCCGCAACAAGGAAGCUGCCGCAGAACAACUCGAUCAGAUGACUAAAGAAGUGCGUGAAAUCGAUAAACAGCUGCAGGAUAAGCAGCGGAAGCUGCAGGAAACUGUGGGUGAAGUGAUUCUUCGCGGCGAGGAACUUAAACAGUUCGUUAAUACGCUCCGCGCUAAGAGUAACGUCUACAAGCAGCAGCGAGCGGAAUUGGCGUCCGUUAAAGCCGAAGUGGCGGACCUCGGCCAGACACUGGAGAAUCUGAAAGCUCACGAUCCAUCCCUCUCGGGAUCGCUGUCCCAAGUCGCGGAUGAUGAGUCCUCUCUGGCGGACAGCAUCACUGGUGGGAGCGAUUCCGGUGGUCGUCCGGAUUCACCCGGGAUUGCAUCCCGCGGUAUAACCGAACUAACUCGGCUGGUCGAUGGGCUGCAGCGAGCCGUGACCGCCGCGAGGGAGCGCGUCACACCACUGUCGCAGCAGUUGAGACCACUGAGGGAACGGAUUAUUGAGCUGAAGGACGAAAUGGAUUCCAAAAAGCAGUCUUACGAUGCACUGAUUGCCACCCUGAAUGCCGAAUCCGCUGUGAUGCAGUCCAAAACGAUCGACGCCGAAAAGGCAAUCAAGGCGCUCGAACAGCAGUGGCAGGAAUUGCAGCUCGAGCACGAACGGUCCGAACUGCUGCUGGAGAAGGCUAACGAGGAGAUCGCUAAUUUGGCUGCCAUCGGCGAUCCAUCCGGUGAUGGGGCUGCUGAAAAAACGCGUGUUUCGCUCAAGGAAUCGUUGACUCAGCAGAUCUUCGAGCAGGAAACCAUCGGGAAGCGUCUGGCAGAGGACCGCAAUACGUUCCAGGGGAACAAAGCAGAUCGGCAGCGCCAGCAGGAUAUGUGGACAGAUUUGCGAAAAUUGUUUGAAAUUAAGAUAAGAUGCUUCCACGAUGACAAGCAGCGUGGACCGGGAGGAACGCUGUCCGUUAGUCGAGGUGGGGCGGAAACGUUCAUCCUGCAGUGAAUCAGUUUAGAUGCGGACGCGAUUACUGCUAUUUGAAGGGAAAUUUCAACAAAAUACACUAAAUAAUAAUUUUACAGAAAAGAAGCAUUGUAAAGACAGGAAAAAUAUAUCAAUCAGCCCAAAAACACAUCUAAAAUAUAAUGAAAUGUAAAGAUUGCGUGAAUAAUUAAAAGAAAUAUCUCUCAAUUUUGA